AUGGCUGUCGAAAUUCACUCAACGAGACUUUUUCGCAUCGAAUCGGAUGUUAUCCUAGGAUCUUUAGGAUUAUAUUGUCAAACGGCCUGGUAUCGGCCCAAGUUUUAUACCGAGCUAGAGACGUGUUCACCAACAGACUUGGUGUGUGAAGUUGUCCUGACAGACUGUACUAGGUUCUGGGAAGCUAAGGUAAUCAUCUACGAUUUCCUGGACAAUGCUUUUGGCGCGUCAAAGGAUUCAAAGGAAAGGCGGCUUAGGGUUAUCCAAGGGCUCUUGAAUGGACAUAGAAUAGUUGACGGCAGACCAUGUCAACUCAGAGCCAAUAGUCAGUAUGAGCUUGUGUUUUCGGUUGAAGGGCGAGAAGAUGCUAGCGACUCGAAGCGGAACGAGCAUAUG